GCGAGCCGCGGCGGCAGCAGGCAGCCCGGGAGCUCCGGCGGCGGCCGAGCCAACGGCGGCCCCGCUCCCUGCCCCCUGCAAACUUUGAGAGCAGCCCGCCCGGGGGGCCGGGGGCGCGCCCGGGAGGCCCGGCUUGGACCACGGCCGCGCUGUUGGCCGCCGCAGCGCUCGCCGCCGCUGUCGUCGCUGCCACCACCGCAGCCCCGCGCCUCCCCGGGGGAGCAGCUCGCUACUCCCGCGGCCCCUCAGCCCCGGCCCCUGGGCACUGCCCGGCCUGUCCCCGGACAGGGGUGGGGGCAGCAGCGGCGCAGCCAGUCCUGGGCUGCCUGGGGGUGGCGGGCAGUGCCCAGGGAGGCGCGCAGAGGCUCGGAGAGCGCUCCCCGGCGGGUCCCCAACGCUCUCGCCGCGCCCGGGCAGCGGCCCGACCCGGCUAGCAUGGGCGGCGCGGAGUGACGCCGCCGUGCCCGCUUGGCAUCAAGGACAUUCAGCCCGCGGGGGUGGGGACGAAGGGGAGACAGCCCCGCGUCGCCACCGCAGACCCCGAGAGCCACCACUGCUGCUUGGGCUCCGGGGCUGGGUGGAGGAAAGGGGUGCUUGGAAUCAAUCACAUUUUCUGACCUUUUUGUCGGACAUUACGCCCACCUUGGACGCCACAAGAGGAGCUGUCAAGCCCCGCAGACUGUGAUUUGGCUCCCUCCGUUUUCCUCCGCUGCUCCCGGCUUUCCUGUGCCUCGGUGGAGUAUUUGCGUUCGGGGCUGGGGCUGGAGGAGGCAGCCACACGCGCGCACACGCACACGUUCAGAGGAGGGCGAGAGGCAGAGGCACAGGCACCAUCUGCAGUGUCAAUGCGGCGCUCCCGCUGAAGGAGGGAACCGCGGUGCUUCCAGGGAAGACACCCCUGCUGAGUCCUGGCCCUCCAAAGGGACAGUUGUGUUGGAGUGCUGCUGUGUCACAGGACCCAUCUCUGAGAUGAAAGCCAUGCCCUGGAACUGGACUUGCCUCCUCUCCCACCUGCUGGUGAUGGGGAUGGGCUCCUCUACUCUGCUCCCACGGCAGCCACCCCAGCUGUCCCAGAAACGAUCUUUUGUUACAUUCCGUGGGGAAGCUGCUGAGGGCUUCAAUCACCUUGUGGUGGAUGAGAGGACAGGGCACAUUUACUUGGGGGCUGUCAACAGGAUCUACAAACUCUCUAGUGACCUCAAGGUCUUGGUGACCCAUCAGACAGGGCCAGAUGAGGACAACCCCAAAUGUUACCCACCUCGCAUUGUCCAGACCUGUAAUGAGCCCCUAACCAGCACCAAUAAUGUCAACAAGAUGCUGCUCAUAGACUACAAGGAAAAUAGGCUGAUUGCAUGUGGGAGCCUGUACCAGGGUAUUUGCAAGCUCCUGCGGCUGGAGGACCUCUUCAAGUUGGGAGAGCCCUUUCAUAAGAAGGAGCACUACCUUUCAGGGGUUAAUGAGAGUGGCUCAGUCUUUGGGGUGAUUGUCUCCUACAGCAACUUGGAUGAUAAACUCUUUAUUGCUACAGCAGUGGAUGGCAAACCUGAAUACUUUCCUACCAUCUCCAGUCGGAAGUUGACCAAGAACUCUGAAGCAGAUGGCAUGUUUGCUUAUGUUUUCCAUGAUGAGUUUGUAGCCUCUAUGAUCAAGAUUCCUUCAGAUACCUUCACAGUCAUCCCUGACUUUGACAUCUACUAUGUCUAUGGUUUCAGCAGCGGCAACUUUGUCUACUUUUUAACACUGCAGCCUGAGAUGGUGUCUCCCCCAGGAUCCACCACAAAGGAACAGGUGUACACAUCUAAGCUUGUGAGGCUUUGCAAAGAGGACACGGCCUUCAACUCCUACGUGGAGGUGCCCAUUGGCUGUGAGCGCAAUGGGGUAGAAUACCGCUUGUUGCAGGCUGCCUACCUGUCCAAAGCUGGGGCUGUGCUGGGCCGGACUUUGGGAGUCCAUUCAGAUGAUGACCUCCUCUUCACCGUCUUCUCCAAGGGCCAGAAACGGAAGAUGAAAUCACUGGAUGAGUCAGCCCUGUGCAUCUUCAUCUUGAAACAGAUCAACGAUCGCAUCAAGGAGCGCCUGCAGUCCUGCUACAGGGGUGAGGGAACGCUGGAUCUGGCCUGGCUCAAGGUGAAAGACAUCCCCUGCAGCAGUGCGCUCCUAACGAUAGACGAUAACUUCUGUGGCCUGGACAUGAAUGCCCCUCUGGGAGUGUCUGAGAUGGUACGUGGCAUUCCUGUCUUCACGGAGGACAGGGACCGCAUGACUUCUGUCAUCGCCUAUGUCUACAAGAAUCACUCUCUGGCCUUCGUGGGCACCAAAAGUGGCAAACUAAAGAAGAUUCGGGUGGAUGGACCCAAAGGCAAUGCCCUCCAGUAUGAGACUGUGCAGGUGGUGGACCCAGGCCCAGUCCUCCGGGACAUGGCCUUCUCCAAGGACCAUGAGCAACUCUACAUCAUGUCAGAAAGGCAGCUCACCAGAGUCCCAGUGGAGUCCUGCGGGCAGUACCGGAGCUGUGGAGAGUGUCUUGGGUCAGGUGAUCCCCACUGUGGUUGGUGUGUGCUCCACAACAUGUGUACCCGGAAGGAACGGUGUGAACGCUCCAGGGAAGCCCGCAGGUUUGCUUCAGAGAUGAAGCAGUGUGUUCGGCUGACAGUCCAUCCCAACAACAUCUCCGUCUCUCAGUACAACGUGCUGCUGGUCCUGGAGACAUAUAAUGUCCCGGAGCUGUCAGCAGGUGUCAACUGUACCUUUGAGGAUCUGUCAGAGAUGGAUGGGCUGGUAAUAGGCAAUCAGAUCCAGUGCUACUCCCCUGCAGCCACGGAAGUACCCCGGAUUAUCACAGAAAAUGGGGACCACCAUGUCGUACAGCUGCAACUCAAGUCAAAGGAGACAGGAAUGACCUUUGCCAGCACCAGCUUUGUGUUUUACAACUGUAGUGUCCAUAACUCAUGUCUAUCCUGCGUGGAAAGUCCAUACCGCUGCCACUGGUGUAAAUACCGGCAUGUCUGCACCCAUGACCCCAAGACGUGCUCCUUCCAAGAAGGCCGAGUGAAGCUACCUGAGGACUGCCCCCAGUUGCUGAGAGUGGACAAGAUCCUGGUACCAGUGGAGGUGAUCAAGCCCAUCACUCUGAAGGCCAAGAACCUCCCACAGCCUCAGUCAGGACAACGAGGCUAUGAGUGCAUCUUGAACAUCCAGGGCAGUGAGCAGAGGGUGCCUGCUCUGCGCUUCAACAGUUCCAGUGUGCAGUGUCAGAACACCUCCUACUCCUAUGAAGGCAUGGAGAUCAACAAUCUGCCAGUGGAGCUGACAGUUGUGUGGAAUGGACACUUCAACAUCGACAAUCCAGCUCAGAAUAAAGUCUACCUCUACAAGUGUGGAGCCAUGCGCGAGAGCUGUGGGUUGUGUCUCAAGGCUGACCCAGACUUUGAGUGUGGCUGGUGCCAGAGCCCAGGCCAGUGUACCCUGCACCAGCACUGCCCUGCCCAUGAGAGCAGGUGGUUGGAGCUGUCUGGAGCCAACAGCAAGUGCACCAACCCUCGCAUCACAGAGAUCAUCCCAGUAACAGGUCCUCGGGAAGGGGGUACCAAGGUCACCAUCCGAGGAGAGAACCUGGGCCUGGAAUUCAGGGACAUCGCCUCGCAUGUCAAGGUGGCCGGUGUGGAGUGCAGUCCUUUGGUGGAUGGCUACAUCCCUGCAGAACAGAUCGUGUGUGAGAUGGGAGAGGCGAAGCCCAGCCAGCACGCAGGUUUUGUGGAGAUCUGUGUGGCCGUGUGUCGGCCUGAGUUUAUGGCCCGCUCCUCGCAGCUCUAUUACUUCAUGACCCUGACUCUCUCAGACCUGAAGCCCAGCCGGGGACCCAUGUCUGGGGGCACACAGGUCACUAUCACAGGCACCAACCUGAAUGCAGGCAGCGAUGUGAUGGUGAUGUUCGGGAGCCAGCCUUGCCUCUUCCAUAGGCGAUCUCCAUCCUACAUCGUCUGCAACACCACAUCCUCAGACGAGGUGCUGGACAUGAAGGUGACUGUGCAGGUGGACAGGGCCAGGAUUCGCCAGGACCUGGUCUUUCAGUAUGUGGAGGACCCCACUAUUGUGCGUAUCGAGCCAGAGUGGAGCAUUGUCAGUGGGAACACACCCAUCGCUGUCUGGGGAACUCACCUGGACCUCAUACAGAAUCCCCAGAUCCGUGCCAAGCAUGGAGGGAAGGAGCACAUCAAUAUCUGCGAGGUUCUUAAUGCUACCGAGAUGACCUGCCAAGCUCCAGCCCUUGCCCUGGAUCCUGACCACCAGUCGGACCUCACCGAAAGGCCUGAAGAGUUUGGUUUUAUCUUGGACAAUGUCCAGUCCCUGUUAAUUCUCAACAAGACUAACUUCACCUACUAUCCCAACCCUGUGUUUGAGGCCUUCAGUCCCUCAGGAAUCCUGGAGCUCAAGCCUGGCACUCCUAUCAUCCUAAAGGGCAAGAACCUGAUCCCACCAGUGGCUGGAGGCAAUGUAAAGCUGAACUAUACUGUGCUGGUUGGGGAGAAGCCAUGUACUGUGACUGUGUCGGAUGUGCAGCUGCUCUGCGAGUCUCCCAACCUCAUUGGCAGGCACAAAGUGAUGGCUCGUGUGGGUGGCAUGGAGUACUCCCCAGGGAUGGUGUACAUUGCCCCAGACAGCCCGCUCAGCUUGCCUGCCAUCGUCAGCAUCGCAGUGGCAGGUGGCCUCCUCAUCAUCUUCAUCGUGGCUGUGCUCAUUGCUUACAAACGCAAGUCCCGAGAGAGUGACCUCACGCUGAAGCGGCUGCAGAUGCAGAUGGACAACCUGGAGUCCCGUGUGGCCCUGGAGUGCAAGGAAGCUUUUGCUGAGCUGCAGACAGACAUCCAUGAGUUGACCAGUGACCUGGAUGGAGCUGGGAUUCCCUUUCUUGACUACAGAACCUACACUAUGAGAGUGCUGUUCCCAGGGAUUGAAGACCACCCUGUGCUCCGGGACCUUGAGGUCCCAGGCUACCGGCAGGAGCGUGUAGAGAAAGGCCUGAAGCUCUUCGCCCAGCUCAUCAACAACAAGGUGUUCCUGUUGUCCUUCAUCCGCACACUAGAGUCCCAACGCAGCUUCUCCAUGCGUGACCGAGGUAAUGUGGCCUCACUCAUCAUGACCGUGCUUCAGAGCAAGCUAGAGUACGCCACAGAUGUGCUUAAGCAGCUGCUGGCUGACCUCAUCGACAAGAACCUGGAAAGCAAGAACCACCCCAAGCUGUUACUCAGGAGGACGGAGUCAGUGGCUGAGAAGAUGUUGACCAAUUGGUUCACUUUCCUCCUCUACAAGUUCCUCAAGGAGUGUGCUGGGGAGCCCCUCUUCUCCUUGUUCUGUGCCAUCAAGCAGCAGAUGGAGAAGGGCCCCAUCGAUGCCAUCACGGGAGAGGCCCGCUACUCCCUGAGUGAGGACAAACUCAUUCGGCAACAGAUCGAGUACAAGACCUUGGUCCUAAGCUGUGUCAGUCCAGACAAUGCCAACAGCCCCGAAGUUCCAGUGAAGAUCCUUAACUGUGACACCAUCACUCAGGUCAAAGAAAAGAUCCUGGAUGCCAUCUUCAAAAAUGUGCCCUGCUCCCACCGGCCCAAGGCUGCAGACAUGGACCUGGAGUGGCGACAAGGAAGUGGGGCAAGAAUGAUCCUGCAGGAUGAGGACAUCACCACCAAGAUUGAGAAUGACUGGAAGAGACUCAACACACUUGCCCACUACCAGGUGCCAGAUGGUUCUGUGGUGGCUUUAGUGUCCAAGCAAGUGACAGCUUAUAAUGCAGUGAACAACUCCACAGUCUCUAGAACCUCAGCAAGUAAAUACGAAAACAUGAUCAGGUACACGGGCAGCCCUGACAGCCUCCGCUCCAGAACACCCAUGAUCACCCCUGACCUGGAGAGCGGAGUCAAGCUGUGGCACCUGGUAAAGAAUCAUGAGCAUGGGGACCAGAAGGAGGGAGACCGGGGGAGCAAGAUGGUAUCUGAGAUCUACCUGACACGACUACUGGCCACAAAGGGCACACUGCAGAAGUUUGUGGAUGAUCUGUUCGAGACCAUCUUCAGCACAGCCCACCGAGGCUCUGCCCUACCCCUGGCCAUCAAGUACAUGUUUGACUUCCUGGAUGAGCAGGCUGAUAAGCAUGGGAUCCAUGACCCUCAUGUCCGCCACACCUGGAAGAGCAACUGCCUGCCCCUGCGAUUUUGGGUCAACAUGAUCAAGAACCCUCAGUUCGUGUUUGACAUCCAUAAGAACAGCAUCACAGAUGCCUGCCUCUCUGUGGUGGCCCAGACCUUCAUGGACUCCUGCUCCACAUCGGAGCACCGGCUGGGCAAGGAUUCACCCUCUAAUAAGCUGCUCUAUGCCAAGGACAUUCCCAGCUACAAGAACUGGGUGGAGAGAUAUUACUCAGACAUUGGGAAGAUGCCAGCAAUCAGUGACCAGGACAUGAAUGCGUACCUGGCUGAGCAGUCCCGGAUGCAUAUGAAUGAAUUCAACACUAUGAGUGCGCUCUCAGAGAUUUUCUCCUAUGUGGGCAAAUACAGCGAGGAGAUCCUUGGACCCCUGGACCAUGAUGACCAGUGUGGGAAGCAGAAACUGGCCUACAAACUAGAACAAGUCAUAACCCUCAUGAGCUUAGACAGCUGAGAACCGUCCUUCCAGGGCCAUCCUGGAGGGAGGGACACACCAACCCGUGCCUCAGUCUAGAUUAUCAUCUUUACCAAGUGCAAGUUCCGACAGGCAUCAGCAGCAUCCCCUGAGCAGCACCAUCUCUCCUUCCUCUCUUCCUGCCUCUUCUGUCUCUCCCUCCCUCCUGGGUCCCAUCUCAUUCAGUAUGAUUGCUUUGCCAGUAUGACUGGACCAAGCCGCAAAUCCUCAGUCAGUCCAGGGGUGGCCAGGCCCAUGGCGAAGGACCUAACCAGAAGAUGUCAGAGUGGGGCUCUUCUUCAGCUGUUCCUGAUUCCAUGCAUCAACAGCAGGGCUCAAACAAGGAUGAGGAGUGAGGACAGAGGAUGUUCCUAUGCUGCUACUUCACCUUCUACUCAGAAUCCCCACUGUGGUCCAAAACUUGGCUUAGGGAAGCAGCUGUGAGCUCAGUAUUAUCUGAAGUGGGAGACAUCACCUGGCUCUCCCUCCCCACCCUCCCAACUCCAAAGGGGACAGGCAGUGGCCUGGGUGCUCUGUCACUGAGGAGAAAGGCCUUGCUUUGUGCAAAUGUUGGAGUGGGGGACCAGCAGGUGUUGGUAGAUACUCUCAAGGGCUGCUGCUCACCUGUUGAGUUGGUGUCCAGCAGCCUUCUGUCCCUUCUAAUCUCCUUGUAUGUUUUCCAAGUGACCAUACGGACCGGCCUGCCCAGCUUCCUCCUCUUCCUAGGGAAAGGAAGGCAGGGGAAGAAUAGCCGUUACAUUCCACCAUAGAGAUGCUCCUACACCAUGUAAUCUGGCUCCAUAAGAAAGAAAUGUAACACGGAAGGGGAAAAAAGGAAAGAGAGUCACACUGAUUCCAGAAGCAACAUUUGUUGUUCUCAAUUCAUCCCCAAGCGCAAAUGCAUCAUGAACAUAGUGUUGGGUCCUUUUCCAGAGCCUCGAGUACUGUCUAGAGAGAAGGCAUCCCCACUCUCCUCUGUCACCAUCAUGAAGGGUCACCAAGAAAUGCAGAGUGCAUCUGGGAGAUACUACCUCCAGCCAUCUCCAAGACUCCAUCCCUCACAGUCUUUUAGAACUCCAUAGAAGGCCAGGGCAGACAGCUCAGUCGUAUCCUCCCUGCAGAAUCUGGUGCCGUUGCUAUGCAGAUGUCUUUGUCACUAGACUCUCCAGGCCUCCAUGGGAGUUAUUUCAUCAGCAUCUUAGUUGUCUUUUCAGUGGUUCUUCUUCCUGUUCUGUCUGCAGUCAUCAUUUGAGGAAAGAAACUCCAGCACAGCCUCAUCAGGACAAACCAAGAUGCCAGCCAACCUCAACCACCAGCUUGUUGUGCCUGGGAGGGUCUGGAGAGCCAAGUUGAAGGAUCUGGCUGGAUAUGGAGAGCAGCACAUACUGCUGACCGUGGCCUUGAUACCCAUUUCUUUAUCUGUCCUUCCAUGUAUGGAUCUGCCAGUUUGUUUUAGCUAGUCAGGAAAAUGUGUGCUCGGGAAUGAGCACAAGGUGAGAAGUGGUCAUGAUAAGAGGCGUUCUAUUAGUGGGACCUGAGAACCUACAAUCUUGAGAGGUUUUUGCGUGCUGAGUAGUCCGGCCUCCACCAUCUACAGGAAUCUCUUUUGGCAGUGCUGGUUUCAUGUCCACCACUGGGGGAGAUGAGGAGAGGCAUGAUGGAUGGUGGUGUUAGUGGCGAUCCACAGUCUUGCCUUCUUUUACUCCCCAAGUAUCAUUUGUCGUUUCUUGCUAUCACUCAAAAUGAGCCUCACAUGGAGAAGGAGCUCUACUAUUUCCAGCAAAGUCCAUGUGUCAUCUGCACUUUUAAGGACAUUAACCCCUUG